AUGACGGCGAGCUCUCCGACGCGCUUUGUUACGGACACACUGCCCACAGAUCAUCGGAGGGUCACCGUUCUUCAGAGCAAAAAUGGUACUUUUAUGCCUUCAGUAGCCAAUGGAUACAUUGGAACGGUGAUCUACAGUGACACGGUACAUGUUUCUGGGGUAUUCAAUGGUAAAGCUUAUCCGAAGGAGAAGGAUGUUUAUCCACUGUAUUUCUACCAACACGCUCACCGCGCUCGUAUUCCUUCCACUACUUCUAUCGACUUUACCGUCGAAGGAGUUCAAGGUAAAACUUCGUACGCCCUAGAUGUGCUUGAAGGCGUGUUUUACAAAUGGUUAACAGCCGAUAGUUUGUAUGUGGAACAGAGAAUCUACGCGCAUCGAUCCCGGAAGAAUUUAUUGAUCGUCGAGAUAUCUACAAAGAACAACGCUGGUAGAGAGUUCAUGAUGAGCCUAUCUUCAAAUCAAGGGGCUUCUUCAGUUGAUAUCGGGUUUAAAACGGCUGGUUCAAACAGACCUGGAGCUCUGGCAGCAGUUGGAAUGGUACUGCAUGAUUCAUUAUAUUUAUUAUUUGCAAUUAUCGGGCAUGAUCGAAAGUAAAUGCACACACUUCUGUAGGUUGCGAGGUUUUGGUACGUCCUAAAACUCUACCGUAAACAAGAAACAUGUCGGCUGUGUUACUUUGGUUAUCGGUGUCAUAUUCCUCUUGAAAAGUCAGUGUAGAAGUACCGCAGGUGACCUAAGCUCCGCAGAUGACCCAAGCUCCGAGUAAAAGUAUAUUAUUUACACUAACAAAAGUAGAAAUAUAGAAUUUCUCUAUGGGGAAAGUGUUUUUUUUAUAGUAACAUUAUAAUACAGAUGUACUUAACGAAGAGCUUGCCUUUCUAGGGAGGUAAUUGUGCUGUUACCCUCCAUCUAACCUACUACUGUAAAAAGCGUUCAAUUGCCGCCGCAUUCCCAGAGAAAAACAUCACACAAUUAUCGUUAUGUAUAUGUCACAUUUUCGUUUGUUUCAUGGUCAUUUUUGCCCAAGGUUACUACGUUCUGUUAGAUUAUUUUUUCGCAUAAUUUUGCCUGAUUAGCUAUGGUCCCUUGUUAUAAUUCACCGUUGAUUUUUGCCUUCGCGUUUAAGCAAAUGUGUUUAUUCAACAUCGGGUAGAAACAAAUACUCCUAUACUUUUGGUUUCCGACAGUUUCUACUUACACGUACCGUUCAGAAUAUUAAUAAUACCCUGAGUAGAUAUUUUAACAGACAGGCCAACGAUUCUUCUUCGCUUCGUGACCAUUUAACCAUUUUCGAAAUCUUGUUCUUGCAUUGACUUUUAUCAGGUCAACGAGACAGAGGAGGCAGGGAGCAUGCGGGCUAAUUUAGCAAUGGUUUGGAGUGAACUUGAAGUUAACAAACCACUGACCAUAAAAGCCACUUCGGAGGAGCAGACCUGGUACUACAUCACCUCAAUAGCCACAAACCUGGACACCAAGUUCAACCCGCUUUCUGAAGCCCUCUUUCAGUGGGACGAAGCUGUGCUGUAAGCAUUAGUUUGUUAAUCAAGCCUUGACAUGAACUAAAGUCUAAGGCGCAUUUUGUCUCGCGAUUUGCCGAAAUUAAAUUCAUCACACGCCCAAUCAUAGCGAAUUAAAGUAAAGGUUUGAGCUGAUGAAUACGAAAAGCAAGGCAACCCACGGGCAUUUGACUAUCGUCCGCGCCCGCGGGGUGUGGGGAAUCUGUACCUUGGCUGGGUAAGUGGAGAAUUUGAACCGGACCUGUCGUGCCUUUCCGAUGGAAUACACGUGUUUUGAAGAGUUCUCUUAAGCAUGUAGAUGACUCAGAGGAAGAAACAUCUUUCUCAGGUUAUGUUCAGCUCAAACAACGACUGACCGCUUUGAUGUGUCACUUUCAGAGUCAAAGAGCAUUUACUAGAAGAACACAAAGCUGCCUGGAAAGCAUUGUGGGAUACUGGUCGGAUUGAAAUUGAGGGGGAUCUAGAAAUGGCGCAGGCUGUGUACGGCAGUUUGUAUUACAUUUUGAGCUCCACGCGACACGACUGGCCGUACGGGUUGAGUCCCGGCGGACUUCCGGCUGCAGAGGAGUAUAUGGGACAUACAUUCUGGGAUCAGGACAUAUGGAUGUACCCCCCUCUAGUGCUGCUGCACCCAGAUUUGGCGAGGAGUUCUCUGAGAUAUCGAAGCGAACGGUUACCCGCAGCCCGCAGAAUCGCCAAGGAGUUUGGAUACAAAGGUAAUAAAACAUGAAAUAAAAUGGAUGUAAAAGCAGAAAGGCAUAAUAACCGUUAUGAUCUAAUAGGCUUUCAUUGAGCAUUUUUCGAGUCAUGGAUUGAGAAUGGAUUGAUACAUCACUUUUAGCAUGAACAACAAAAUAAUGAACUAGUCUGAUGUUAUUUUUAAGCUGCCAAAGUCUGAAUCCGGAAAGUUGGUAAGAAUUGGUAUACCCUCUGCAAUUAUAAGGUACCAGGUUAUUUUUCUUUUCUCCUUCCGUAGAAUUAGUGACUUCAUGGUCUUUAAAAUGCCACAGAACAGUAUCUUCUGCCGAUCUCAUAAGACAGUAAUUCUUUUUGCAUGUAAACUUAACUUCUUUGUACUUUUCAGGCGCAAUGUUUCCUUGGGAAAGUUCUUACACAGGCCUGGAGACUUCCCCUGGGGCUAGGUACGGCAAAAACCAGAUUCAUAUCAAUGGCGACAUUGCUUUUGCUGUCAUUCAGUUUUGGAGGGCGAGUAAAGACGUGAACUGGUUGCGGGAGGUUGGCUAUCCACUUCUUUACCAAACGGCGGAGUACUGGGCUAGUAGAGUAGAAAAUGACGUUGUCAACGACAGAUAUAUAAUUAAUCACGUGAUGCCACCGGAUGAAUAUCACUACCCUGUCAAUAACUCUGUCUACACUAAUGUAGUGGCGAAAAUUAACCUUUUGUUUGCUAAAGAAGCCGCUGACAUCUUGGGGAAAGAAGUUCCGAAAGAGUGGCUGACGAUUGCUGAAAAGAUGUACAUUCCUUUUGAUAGUGAAAAUAGUUACCACCCAGAAUAUGAAGGGUACACCUUGGACAAAGAAGUGAAACAGGCUGACACGAUCCUGAUUGGUUAUCCACUGAUGUACGAAAUGGACAGAAAGGUGGGUUUUUUUUCCCAUCGUGUUGUAGGUGUGUGUUAAAGACAGCGUAGUGAAGGUAUAGUCUGGCUUGAAGAAAAACCACUUUGUGCAAAACCAACGUCAUUUCUGGAAAUAUUUUGAGUACUCAAUUUUAAGCAUUCCUGUUUCGCGUUUAAUACGCGGAAAGUGAAGAUUUUAAGUCUCUUGCCUUUCACUUCCCUUGAUGUCGUUUGUAAAAAAUAAACAAUAAACGCCGAUUCCUGAUAGAACCUAGUGCUUAGAAAGAAUCACGAAGCGUUUGAGCAUGUUGUGUUUAGCAUGUUAAAGAAACAACGAAUACACACAAUUUCCAGCAGCAACCAUUAUCGAUCUUACUUACUUUUAAGAUAACAGUGAACUGGGCUACACAGUAACACAAAAUUACCUUCUGUUAUUACGUAGGUUCGAUAUAACGACCUUAAACUUUACGAAGAACGCACUGAUCCCGAUGGACCGGCCAUGACACAUUCCAUGUUUGCCAUUGGCUGGCUAGAUCUGGGAGAGAAUACGAAAGCUGUGAAACCUUUCCUAAAGAAUUACGCUAAUAUCCGAGGACCAUUUAAGGUAAAACCCUCAAUCUGUGAAAGGAGACCAUCAAAGGCAUUCAGUUUGCUAUUCAUUAUCCUUUUCACUAACCAACGAUCGAAGCAUAGGAACGAGUAAUGUGACAUUCGUGGUGUUGGCUCGGCCUUAGGAGUCUUUGAAAGAUGGCAGACCGAUUAGUAAAUAUGGUGUAUUUUACUGAGGAGGACUUUUGUGGGGAUGAUGGCUCAAUUCUGUUUCUUGGAAUCACAGGAUCACUGGCUUUUGGGACAAUCCCUGUAUAUUUUAAUUAUAUUCUACACAGUUUAACCACGAGUGCACCGUAGUGUCAUUUUGAUUACGAGUUACAAUUUCUGGUACCUAUUUUUUAGACUUUUACCGGGAGUGUUUAUUCUAUUUAUCCAAAAAACUCUGACAUUUUCAGUAAAAACUCCUAUUUUUCUUUUAUAUUGUUUUAGUCAGAUAACCAAAGAUCUGUUCUGUAUGUUUCUGUAGGUGUGGACUGAGCGUCGCGACAUCUGGGGCGCUGUCAAUUUCAUCACUGGAGCUGGUGGUUUUUUACAGACUAUAAUCUAUGGUUAUGGAGGAUUCCGGCUGAAAAGCUCUGGAUUGGCGUUCAAUCCUUCUUUGCCCCCAAACGUCACAAAGAUGACAACCACCGUGCAUUAUCUGGGAAGUGUUAUGGAUGUUGCAGUAACUGAAGAAGCAAUAACAUUUACACUACUCUUCUCAGGUCCAAUUUCUCCUGGCCUUGAUGUCAUAACAUUAAAAGGUGUAUUUAGCCUCGAGCGAGAUUUUCCAGUCACAGUGGACAGAGCCAAGGGUAUUAUUAGCGUUCGACAGGCAAAGCCAUGCACACAGUUCAAGUAAGGUUUCUCAUCACAAACCUAUUCACAUUGGCUUAUUGCUGUUAACUAGCACUUUUCUAUAUCUCUGCCAUCAUUGAUAAUAAACAUCGAAAGGGAUUCUUUUCGAUAGUUCGUUUGUCCCUUAUUUCCUUCUCACAUUUUGCGAGGAUGAGGAUACAAUUAAGUUUUUUACCAUCCCCUAUUUCGUGAGCAAAUAUCCCGUUAUUACUUUUGAUUCCACAAUUGUAAUAAAACCAACCGUUUUGCUUUUUUAAUAAAUCAAUAAUUAAUAGAUCAUAAAUCGAUGGAUACAGAAAUAAAUCGAACUAAAGCUGCUGUUCUUAAACUGUUUAGAAAACCUCUCUAAUCCAGUCACAAAUAUUGUGUGAUGGAUGAAGAAAGUAGCAGACAAGGACGAAGGAAAGCUGAGAGUUCUACCGAAAAGUGUGUAAUGGUUAGGGUUCCCUAACCUCUUAGACUUUUCGCGAACGCUUAUCGCACUUUUAAAGACUCCAAGCGGUCCUUAGCAGUGGUGGAUCCAGACCUUAAGCUAAUGGGGGAGGGGGGGAGGCGGCGUUUUUUUGUCGCUUGCCCUCCCGGCUUUUUUUUUUUUUUUUUUCACCUAAAAUACGGGAGGCCCGCGCCUCCCGGGCCCCUUCCCUAGAUCCGCCACUGUUUGGUCUCCUUUGCAGCCGUUGUUUGAUCUCGUCACGCAACUUUCUCAGCGUAACGAGACCAAACAACAGUUAUGAAGGAAACUAAGCGGAGAACGUUGCGUGACGAGACAAGGUAAUCUUUGGCAUCACUAUUCAAUCGCGGUCGAAAUGUAAUCGUAUUCAGCUAAUGGACAAAAAAAUAGCCAUGUUAUGAAUUGCACAAGCUGUUAAGUACUUCUUUCAUCCUCGGUUUUUGAGACAAUGAUUUUUAUUGUGUGAGUAAAGAGAACAAUUGUAUUUUGUUACGGUUUAGUGCACUCUCUCUAUCAAUCAUCACCGUUGUUAUUUUUUAAUGAUUCAUUCGCCAAUGAGAUCAUAACGUAACCCAAUCUUUCCUGUUAGUCAGAAUGUAGCCAUCUGCUGCCAAUACUGUAGGUAAGACUGAGGACAUCUCUUUGAGUGUGCUUCAGUUACAAGAUGAACCUCAGUGGCUGUAGUGUAGCGCUUGCCUUACUUUUAGUGGGUGCUGUGCCAACAGUAUACUCUAUUCCGGCAGUUGGAACACCAACUCGCUUCGUCACCGACAAACUGCCAGAACAAAACAGCCCAUCAACUUUGCUAUCAAGCAGGAAUGGAAACUUCAUGGCUUCUGUUGCGAACGGCUAUGUAGGCACAGUGAUUUACAGCGAUACAGUGCAUGUAUCGGGUGUUUAUAAUGGCAAGGCUUACCAGAAGAAGUAUCCGAUCUACCCAAUAGACCUGUAUGAACAUCCUCAUAGAGCGCGCAUUCCUUCGACAGCUUCUCUUAAUUUUAAGAUCAGGAAGACCCCUGGGAAUACCUCAUAUGCGCUGGACGUGUACGAGGGAGUCUUUUACAAGUGGUUUGAGGCGGUUAAUUUGACUGUGGAACAAAGGAUUUAUGCGCACAGAACCAGGAAGAAUCUCUUGAUUGUGGAACUAACGGCGAAGAACAACGCGGGAAGAGAAUUUUUGAUGGACCUUACUCCAAACAUGGGAUACAUCACACAGGAUAUUGAUUUUUACAUGAAAGAGUCAAACAGAGCUGAAGCUCUUGCUGGCGUAGGUUUGGUAUGUUUUAUAUUCAUGUUUUCAUAUCUAAUAGCACUAUUUCAGCUCUAAGAUAUAAAUAAAUGCAUUGUUGAGAGAGGGUGGACGUGACCUGGCCGAUUAAUUUGGACAACAAUGGACAAAACAUAUCCAUUGACUAUUGUCUGUUUAUUUCCGGAGCUGUAGAUUACAAGGGACAUCAAAGCCAAAUAUAUUUUUGUAAACUGAUAACGAUGAUAUUCCCAAGUUCUCACCUUCAGGCUUAUUCCUAACUUAUAAGUCGCCAUUUCAGUAAGGAACGAUUUGUACUUGUCUCAAUCCGGGCUCGAAUAAUAUUUCUCGUUAUAUUUCACCCCUAGCCUUUUUUCCCUCAGCAUACUCCCCCGCUGUAUGAUAAAAAUUCGCUUUUUCUGUUAAAGGGCCUUAUCCAUUUCACAAUUUCCUUUUCUCUAUUAAGUUAGUUAUGAUGGUAAACAAAUACAGUGCAGUGGCUGCUGAAAUAAAAUUCUACCUAAUAACUUUUUGGAAUAUCUACGCUUCUGAAGUCGUCAGCGUGGGCGCCAGGUAUAUCAGCGAUUACGUAAUUUUCUCUUUAAACGUUCUUCGCCUUUUACUUUAGUUUAGUUUUUUGCUUUCUCGUAGAUUUUGUCAAUUAGUUCUAUAUUUUGUGCUUCGUUUCUUUCAUAUGUUAGGUUUUACUUUGCUAUUUGUCUGUUUCGGCUUAGUCAAUUAUUUUUCCUUAGUACAGGUUCAGUUUGCGUGUGUUGAAGUUUAGUUCAGGUUUAUUUCUAUUGAAGGACAGCGUGAUUCAGUCACAAUCGUUUCGACUUAUUGAAUCGCUUCAAUUGCUUUGCUUCAACUUAUUUCAUCACACUUUGUCCGUUCGAUUCGUUUACGGGUAAAUAUGAUUAUUAAGCGCGUAAAGACAAUUGUGACUACAGUCAGGGCGUAGAAGGAAAACAACCUGACCCUGACGAUGACUUCCGCUCAGAUUGUCGAAAUGUCACGCAUCAGCCCUUCUCCUUCACUCAGCGAGGAUCAAGCUAAGUAGAUGAUAUUCGCUGUAGAGAAUUAAACAGUCAAGGACGCAAACCGGCAACCACACAAAGUUAAAGAAGCCGCGGUCAGAGGGGAUUAUUGACAGAAGACGAAACAAACGAAAUUGACUUCUUUGAAUGGAGGGCAAUCACCGGAUUUAAAUGACACGACUAGCGGUGUAACUGCACUGUCAGAGGAUGCACCAAGUACUGAUCUUAUUGUUUAUUCCCUCAUUCAUUCAAAUAUAAAUGUAGGUAAAACAGACUGAGGAAUAUGGAAGUGUUCGCCCGAACGUGGCAAUUGUGUGGAAGUACCUAGAUUCUAGCCAUCCAUUGACAAUCACGGCUAGCUCAGAUGAGCAAACCUGGUACUACAUCACCUCAAUAGCCACAAACCUGGACACCAAGUUCAACCCGCUCUCUGAAGCCCUCUUUCAGUGGGAUGAAGCUAUGCUGUAAGGAUCUACAUUAUGUGACUUUGUUUUCACUUCAUUAUAACCGAGAAGGCUUGGAUGUGUCAAUUGAAAACCUUAAGACUUUUAAAUUAAAACAAUUCGUUGGUAUGACAGAAAAACAUGAAGAGGCACUAACAACGAAUGACGGCGCCAGAAUGUCUGAGUGGAGAAGAUUAUAAUCAUUUGCAUGUGAAGAACGUGAAGAAAAAAUUAGGCAAUGAAUUGAUCCUUUUUUGACACUGUUGGAAAGAACUUACGAGCUAGACUCUAAGUAGUCCAUGUAAAGAGAAAUAAUCGAAUUGUCCUGCAACACAAAUGCUUAUUUUUACGUUCACUUCGUUUAGAGUGAAGGAAAAGCUUCUUGCAGAGCAUAAAGCUGCUUGGAAAGCAUUGUGGGAUACUGGCAGAAUUGAAAUCGAAGGGGACCUAGAAAUGGCCCAGGCUGUGUACGGCAGUAUGUAUUACAUUCUGAGUUCCACUCGACAUGACUGGCCGUACGGGUUGAGUCCCGGCGGACUUCCGGCUUCAGAGGAGUACAUGGGACACACAUUCUGGGAUCAAGACAUAUGGAUGUACCCCCCUUUAGUACUGCUGCACCCUGACUUGGCGAGGAGUUCUGUGAGAUAUCGAAAGGAACGGCUGCCCGCAGCCCGCAGAAUUGCUAAGGAAUACGGUUAUAAAGGUAGGAAAAUGAGUAUAUACCCAAAAACACACAAAUGGACAGAGGGACAGACAGGCUCACAGACAGGCUCACAGACAGAUCUGGGGACAAAAAGAUAGAAAAAAAUCUCUCGUGGGUCAAACAAAAUGGCAAAGUUUAGAACAGAAGUUUAGCGCAUAGGUGGAGUGACGGAGCGGCAGAUAUGGACGCACAGACCAGCACAUUGUACAAAAACCAAUUAUUAGUAUUUGAUUGGUUUUUGUCAGUUUGGCGUAAAAAUAAUUUUGAGAAAUGGUAGAUUUCUUACGUGAUUUUCGAAUUGCACCGCAUACAGGCGCAAUGUUUCCAUGGGAGAGCUCCUUUACUGGCUUAGAGACCUCCCCAGGAGAAGUAUACGCCAAGAAUCAGAAUCACAUCACGGGAGACAUUGCCCUGGCCGCUAAGAUGUUAUGGCAUGCUACUAAGGAUCUUCACUGGUUGCGGGAGGUUGGAUUCCCCCUUACGUACCAGACUGCAGAGUACUGGGCCAGCCGGGUGGAAUACGAUCCUGAGAAAGACAGAUACAUCAUCAAUCACGUGAUGCCACCGGACGAGUAUCACUAUCCAGUUAACAAUUCCUUCUUCACCAAUGUGGUGGCUAAGAUAAAUUUGCUGUUUGCUAAAGAAGCCGCCGAAAUCCUGGGCAAGAAGGUGCCCGAGGUGUGGUCAACCAUUGCAGAAAAGAUUUACAUCCCCUUUAACAGCAAGUAUAACUAUCACCCUGAGUUUGAGGGAUAUGCUGCAAAUGUGAUAGUUAAACAGGCAGACGUUAUACUGGUGGGCUUUCCCUUGAUGUAUCAAAUGGAUAAACAAGUGAGUGGCUUUAAGGCCAAAUUGAUAAGCAAGACGGGGAUUUGACGGAGUAAAAUAGAUAUUCUAUAGUACCCAUUCUUACUUUUUGAAAUACCCUUUGUUACAAUUAAUUCCUGACAAUGGAAAGUAAGAUGUACAAGGAUUUGUACAUAAUGAUGACUUAGCCCUCAGUAGGUGAUAACAGAAGAAGUAUCUAUCCUUUUUAAAGUUUGAGUGGCUAGCUUUUUUCACGUAUUUCCUAGAGACAAAGCUCUGCUGCUCGUUUGCGUGGCCUUAACGCCCAUUACAAAAUAAGAGUCAAGCAAGAUAUCCCUCACCUACAUUUCGGCCGAAUUCACCGCCUUCGUCCAAGCUAAUGACCGUUACACGCGUGUAGAUAACAUAAAGAUAUAGAAAAAAUUAUGCACGCAUAUGAUUUUAUAUAUACCGUGUACUUCAAACCUGUUCCAACAUGUGAGCAUCCCAAAGUUGAUAAAGUAAAGCAUGAAUAUUUUAAAACAUUUUGUUUUCCUUUUUGUUUUCUUCAGGUCCGAUAUAACGACUUGACUUUUUAUGAGAGGCUUACAGAUCCUGAAGGACCCGCCAUGACUCAUGCUAUGUUUGCUAUUGGCUGGCUGGAGGCUGGCGAGGAAAAGAAAGCUGAAACAGCCUUUUUCAAGAACUAUGCUAACAUCCAGGGUCCCUUUAAGGUAGUACCUUAUACAGUUUACCCUUGGUAUUUUGGAGCCAAACAAUGUUUCAAACUCGCUGCCAGUUCUCUAAUGGCUAUUUCACUGUAUUUAAUGCCAUUUUGUUCUUAUAUGGAUUCAAAAUUAAUUUGUCUUUGUAGGUGUGGUCAGAAAGGCGAAAUGGUAAGGGAGCAGUGAACUUCAUUACAGGAGCUGGAGGAUUUCUGCAGGCUGUUAUCUACGGGUAUGGCGGUUUCCGAAUCAGAAGUGAUGGCCUGUACUUCAAUUCUACCCUUCCUCCCGGGACGACUAAAUUAACCUUGAGUUUACACUAUCUGGGUUGCUCCCUGAAGUUUGAAUUGCAAGACACCAAUGUCACGUUCGCGUUAGUAUCCAAUGGUCCCAUAUCACCUGAUCUAGAAGUGUCGACAAAGCAAGGUGUAUUUGCCCUGAGACGAGAGAAACCUGUCACCCUGGAGACAAAGGAUGGAGUGGUGCGCAAGCGCGUGAGUACAAUACAAUCUGAAAUACCACAAAGUGUGAAAGAACGUCAUAAUUUCUAAAGAAGAUUAAACAUGUGUUCAUGACUAUUAUCUGCUUAACACGACCAGCGCGUGAAACACCGCGUGUAUCCUAUCCGGCCAGACAGAAUGUGUCCGUUCAUGAAUGGAGUCCUGCAAUGUAGCAUGGAGGCUGAGAACAUAGUUCAAUAAAAGAAGCGUGUGCUUGUGGGAGGGAUCCGUGCACUAUUUUUUCAAGAGAUUAGCUCAUGGAACUGAGAGGUAAAUCAACCAAUUGGAGACAGUGUCGUCGGUUAGGUAUAUUUUAAAAGGAAAUUUAGCUAGUGAUCGACAAUUACUACUAGGUUUUAAGGUCUUUCAUAGCUCUGGAAAUUUAGUGCCAUAUUUCUUACUUGACUUCUUCAGAUACUUAUUUUCAGACUUUACUCCUACUAUACAUCAAUACGACGUAUGCCGUAAAAGCUAGUAGUUUAGAUAUCUUAGUUUUUCCUUACGAAAAUUAACGAGGUUUAUCUAGUUUUUGACUUGAAAAACACUGGUACAGUGUUUUGUUCAUCCUGGAAUAAUACCCCAGUGACACGUGUUUGAUACGUUUGAGUACCGUACUCACGUACUGUGACAGCCAAGGUUUAAACAACUUAUCGAUUGAAGAAUUAUUGAAGUCUUGUCUGAACUUUGUCCUAUCAUUUUAUUUUCAUACCUUUGACAGGCCUGGCUGAACCGAGUUAAAUCGCAAAUCUUUGGCCGGAGGAUGGGCUCUGGAAAAUAGGGUGGAUUCCAGACCCCAAGAAGAAAAAUCAGUGUCUGAGUGCGUGUAACUUUGAGACUGCGCAGACGCAGAAUUGUGUAUUAAAAUACAUAGUUGAUAUCUGUGACUGCUUGGCUUUAAACGCUCCCUAAUGCCUUAAUCAAUUGUAGAGUAUAGAUUUCUGAAAGUUCUUCAGAUUCUCUGAGUUUGAUUUACCCAUAAGUUGCUACGUGUUUCGCCUCAGACCAAGAAACACUAAGGAGGUCUGUUGUUACCAAAACAUUAGCGGCAUCAUCUGAACCACGGAUUGUUUCAUCGCUAAUUUUUGCUAGCAUCAGCUUCGUUAGUUUUAAAGGUGAGGACGAAGUAGUUUUAAUAGGCCUGUUGCGCGCUCAUGCAUUAGCUUGAAUGAACUAAAAACUCCAAAAAGUACCAAAGCACCUGUGUGCAAUAGGCCAGAAUUGGAGUUUUUAACUCCAUAUGCGCGAUUACCAUGUUAGUUAGGCAACUUAAUCUAGAUACUUAUGCGACGAUUAACCCACGAACUCUCGAGGCUUUUCCGUUCCUAUUAAAACCGGUUCUUUGUUUUUUUUUUCUCUCAUCAAUGUUC